AUGCUUCAGUUUCCUUCUCCAUAUGACAAGACACCGCCUGAAAAAAUCAAGAUUGUCCGACCAUCACCUGACUCACUAGAUUCCACUAUUGCCAAUCGUUGCAUUGGCUCUCUUAUCGGUCUCGCAAUUGGAGAUGCACUUGGUGCUGGUGUCGAAUUCUGUUCACGGGAAGAUCUUGUUAAAAAACCUGUAGAAGAUAUGAAAACUGGUGGCACGUGGAAUUUAAAGGCAGGUCAAUGGACAGAUGAUACAUCGAUGUCUCUGUGCCUUGCGUCAUCUCUUAUUACUCAAAAAGAUUUUAAUCUGUACGAUCAAAUGGUUCGAUACAAAUGGUGGUACAAGCAUGGUUUUUUAUCAUCGACAGGACGUUGUUUCGAUAUCGGCAAUGCCACACGCAUGUCAUUGGAAGAAUUUCAGCGUCGUCAAAAUGUUUUGAAAAAAGAUCGUAAAUUACGCGUUGAUUUAGAAGUUGAUCAAUUACCACUCGAUGUAAUCAAAAAACACAAGUUCGAUGUAUUUUGUGGUUCGCCAGGUUCUGCUGGGAAUGGAGGGUUGAUGCGACUUGCUCCCGUUCCACUCUUCUUCUACCAAGUACCUACUCUUGCUGUGGAGUACUCCGGUCAAAGUGCUCGUCUCACCCAUGGCGAUGUACGAGCUGUCGAUGCAUGUCGUUAUUAUGGCGCUUUGAUUGCUGCUGUUGUUCGAGGUGAAUCGAAAGAACAACUAUUGAAUGACAAAUUCUACGACGAUCAUAAAUUAUGGUUCGGUACGAAACCACUCGAUGCAAGUAUAAUGGAAGUUGCCAGUGGAUCUUACAAACAACCAAAAGGAUACGACGAUGGAAUUCGUGGAGGUGGCUUUGUUGUUCAAAGUCUUCGAGCUGCAUUGUGGGCAUUUUGGAGUACAGAAACAUUUGAAGAUGGCGUAAUCAAUGCGGUGAAUCUAGGCAGUGAUACUGAUACGACAGCUGCUAUCUAUGGACAAUUGGCUGGUGCCUAUUACGGUUACAGUUCGAUUCCCGAGAAAUGGAUAAAAAAGUUAUACGCUCGCGACUUGAUUGUAUGCAUUGCUGAAUGGCUACAAGCAUUGAGUUAUUCGAAAAAUGUAGAAACUGCGUCUUCACAAGGAGCAAGCGCAACUCAGAUGGAACCGAACGAUGAGCUAGAGCGAUUUGAUGAUAACUAA